GAAGAGAAGGAGAGGAGUAAAGAGGAGGAACAUCAUGUUAAAAUUGAGGAAAAAACUCAUUUACAGACUGAUGGUAUAUUGAAAAGGAGAGACAAAAAUAGUUUCACCUGCACUCAGUGUGGAAAGAUUUUGGCAAGCAAAAGCAAACUUAAGGUUCACAUGAGGAUCCACACCGGAGAGAAACCAUUCACAUGCACUCAGUGUGGGAAGAGUUUCAGCAUAUCAUCAUCCCUUAAUCUACACAUGAGGAUCCACACUGGAGAGAAACCAUUCACAUGCACUCAGUGUGGGAAGAGUUUCAGCCACUUAUCACCUUUUAAUAAACACAUGAGGAUCCACACUGGAGAGAAACCAUUCACAUGCACUCAGUGUGGGAAGAGUUUCAGCUUAUCAACAUCCCUUAAUCUACACAUGAGGAUCCACGCAGGAGAGAAACCAUUCACAUGCACUCGGUGUGGGAAGAGUUUCAACUGCUCAUCAAACCUUAGUAAACACAUGAUGAUCCACACUGGAGAAAAACCAUUCACGUGCACUCAGUGUGAGAAGAGUUUUAGGAUAUCAUCAUCCCUUAAUCUACACAUGAGGAUCCACACUGGAGAGAAACCAUUCACAUGCACUCAGUGUGGGAACAGUUUCAGCCAAUCAUCAUCUCUUAAUAAGCACAUGAGGAUCCACACUGGAGAGAAACCAUUCACAUGCACUCAGUGUGGGAAGAGUUUCAACCGAUCAGAACACCUUAAUCUACACAUGAGGAUCCAUACCGGAGAGAAACCAUUCACAUGCACUGAGUGUGAGAAGAGUUUUACCUGCUCAUCACACCUUAAUCGACACAUGAGGAAACACACUGGAGAGAAACCAUACGCAUGCACUCAGUGUGGGAAGAUUUUCAGCCAAUCAUCAUGCCUUAAUCUACACAUGGUAAGCCACAACGGAGAGAAACCAUGAACUACGAAACUCUGACGGACUCUGACCUGCGAAAUCGCAUCACUUGACUGUGAGACCAAUCGAAGAUCAAAACAUGACCUCUCUGGACCGAAAUUCUAAAAAAUGUUCCAAUCGCACACUGUUUUUAAUGUCUAAUCAUCUUGUUUGUUCCCGCUCCUUUUCGCAACACCAUACAACAGAAUUUUGCAUGCUCAAACUCUAGUGUGACCGCAGCUUUGGCGUGGGAUGAGUUUCAGUAACUCUUCAGACCUUAAUAAACGCAUGAAGACCCACACUGGGGAGAAACCAUUCACAUGAACUCAGUGUAAGAAGAGUUUUAACCGAUCAGCAAACCUUAAUGAACACAUGAAGAUCCACACUGGUGUGAAAGAGUAAUUGUGCUUUGAGUGUGAGAAGACUUUUAUUACAAAAUUGAAACUGCACCAGACGUUUUACACUUGAGAGACCAUACAAGUGUUCACACUGUGACGAGAGGUUUAAUCAGUUAACACAUCUGAAUCACACAAAAGAGAAUUCACACUGGAGAGAAACUGUACAUCUGAAAUCUGAUGUGUCUACAGAAUUGGACAAAAAGUUGCACACAUUACAUGAAACAUACAAAACAUUUUCUCAUGUAGGGAUGUCCCGAUACAACAUUUUAACUUCUGAUACGAUACCGAUAUUGCAGCUUUCAGUACGAACCGAUACCGAUAUAUCAUUUUUUAAUUUUAUAAAAUAUCUUAAAUGAAUGAACAAAAAUAAAUU